AUGGCUGCAGAAACAGCUGAUCCUGGAGGGACGCUUUCUCACGACAGAGCUAGCGAAGAGAACCAAAUCUCCGUUGAGUCAGAGAGCAAGGAAGAUGGCAAGAAAAGACCCUAUCCAUUUAUACCCAUGAUCCUCCUUAUGACGGUCACGGUUGGACAAAGCUACGCGGCUCCGGGACUGCAGGCCGUUCUAGAGCUCUACUUUUCCACGUUCCUCUACGUGUGCUCGCGACAGGCCGUGCGCCUCGCCAGCACCAGCAUCAACGUCUACAUCGCCGUCUACCAGAUCUGUGCUUUGCCUGGCGGAUACCUAGCUGAUAGAGUUCUAGGAAACUUCAAGACCCAGGUUGCGAGCAACCUCGUGAUGAGUCUUGGCAUCUGUCUUGUCUUGUUCUCCUCCUGGCAGUACACGCAGAACCCGCCGGCCUGUUGCCACUGGCCACCUGACCCCCACAACACAUCCUCCACUGUCUUCCCUGCAGCCUCACCUGGCAGCAGUGGUGGCAGCAACUGCUCAGCUAUCCACGUGGACGAUGUCGUAGACGGAGUAAAUUUCCACCUCCCUCCAAAUCUCAGCCUCACACUAGCCAUUGUGGGGCUAGUGUUGUUUGCUGUUGGGUACGGCUCUACCAAUGCCAUUCAGAGUGUCUUUGUUGCUGAUCAGUUUCCUGAGGGAACAUCCAAGGCAAAGGAGCGGUCCUUUUCGUGGUACUAUCUGUUCUGCAAUGUGGGGACACUUGGUGGCGAGCUGGGCAUGCCCGUCUUGAGACAGUCUGUGGGCUUCAUCAUCUCCUGGAUCACCGUUCUUGGGGCCACUAUCCCUACAACUGCACUCUUUAUGUUCACGUGGUGUCUCUACAUCCGCAAGAAGCCAGACAGACAACACUGCACCUGCUUCCAAAAGACACGGAGAAAAUUACGAAAACCGGAGACCAGACUAAACGAGGGUGCAACUCUAGAUAGCUGCAAGGAGACUGAUCCUCUACUGGGGGAAAGGUCUUCAUGGGGAAUCAGGUGGUAG